AUGCCAGAGGGCGUGAUGGAAGCUUGUAUGGCGCGUUUCGGUGAGAACUGCACAGAGGUACACGAUGAAUGUGUUGCUGGAACUGGGGCACCUCACGCAAAUGUUGACGCUAACGGCGCAUACAGAAUGCCUGAAACACUUCGCGAAUGCAUAAAAGCCGGUGGUAUAAUGGCAUUAUGCACCGAUCAUCAAAAAAACGAAACAAGAUGCAUUGAGUUUGAACGUAAAUGCUUUAACGAAACGAUGGGGUCAGGUGAACAACAGUUAAAAGAUUUAGCUUCAUGCUUGGGAAGGGAAGAUGCAGUGUCGAUGUGUUUCAAGAAGUACGAGUCGUCCAAGUGCAAAGCUGUAAUAAUGAAAUGCAAAGAAGCAGCUGAACCAACUGAUGAUGGUGUCAAGAACAUGCCUGUGUUUCUGACGUGUUCACUGAUUACCAAAAAUGUUGUUCCACUGCGUGCUUGCAUGGCUCCUCGUGCAGGGGGCACUAUCGAAGACCAACGGUUAGUUCUUAAAUUUUUGACCUCAAGCAAUUUCCUGUCAUUGGAACAUUCCGAAAAAAUUGACUCGCAACUGGCUGAAUCUCAGCUCAGAGCUUGA